GAACACACCUUUUUAUACAGCUGUUGCGAAAAUUUAAUUUAUGUUGAUUCCGUUUCCCGCCUUCUUCAAAAGUUUGGAGUUUGGUUGUCUCUUGUCUCAUAUACCUACUAUUGUGUUUGGACUUGUCAUUUGGAUUUAUUAAAAUGUAUCGGAAUAAAUCGGUGAAGGGAUUUACAUCCCCUUUAAUCGUUCAAUCAUGCAUGAAUGUCGAAGAAAGUAAAGUAUGCCAGCAAAAAUCACCGAGCGAUUCAAUAAGAAAACCUCUUAGAAGUAAUACACAACUUUUAAACAUUUUCGAAAACGUACAUUCAGAUAAUGAAGUCACUUUUGAUAACAUUGACGAAAAUAAUUCGCCGAGAAAACAAAAUGCUAGUGCAUCGAUUUGCGAAAAGAAUGCUUCAAUUGAUUUGUCACAACAAACAGAAAAGAAAAUCAUCUUUAAUGUGUUGUAUGGUAAAACAACUUUGAAAAAACAUCAAACAUGGGACAGCGAUGGUUUUCUAGAAGUAACUGGAAAAAAUGCAAUUCUUAAGGAUUUAGAUGGUAAAGUUAUGGGGAAAAAAACUAUCGAUCCAAGUAGUACAGUAGAGGGUGCCAGAUUAAUUAUUGGAAAUAAGCAAAUUGAGAUUAAAGAUCAAGUGUUACAAGAGCUACUACCUAUACCAAAAAGACAAUCCGAGGAAAGAAUAGAGGAACUUACAAAAAAGUUGAAAACAUCUACUGGAUUUGUAUGUAUUUUACCAAAAAAAGAUGUUGAUACUCCAGUUUGCAAAAAGGAAGCAUUGACUAUAAAUUCAUCCUCAGGAGAGAUAUCAAAAAUUAUUUUCAAUGUGACGUAUGGCCAAAUAAAUUCAAAGAAACACAAAACAUGGGAUAGUGAUGGCUUGCUGGAAAUAACUGGAGAAAGCGCAAUUCUUAAGAAUUUGGAUGGAAAAGUUAUGGGAAGAAAAACAAUCAAUCCAAGUAAUGCAGUAGAGGGUGCCAGAUUAAUUAUUGGCAAUAAGCAAAUUGAGAUUAUAGAUCAAGCGUCACAAGAGAAACAACUUGGGGAUACUGUAGAAAAAAUGGUACAAGAAAAAGUUGAAGCCUCAAUAAAUACACUUACGAAAGGAUUAGUGAUGAAUUGCGAGCCUUUAGAGAUGCCAUGCACGAAUUUUUCUGCAAGUAUAAACCCUGAGGAACAAAAAGUCUCGGUAGAUUUCUGUUUAGCAGCAAAGCUUAGAGAACAUCAGCGUUAUGGAAUUGCAUUUCUUUACGAAUGCUUAAUGGGGCUAAGAGUGCCAGAUUAUUUUGGUGCAAUUUUGGCAGAUGAGAUGAGUCUUGGCAAAACCUUACAAUGUAUUACAUUAAUUUGGACAAUGUUGAAAAAGGGUCCAUAUGGCAAACCGAUUGUGAGACGCGUGUUGAUAAUAACACCUCGCAGUUUGUGCAACAAUUGGGACAAGGAAUUCACGAAGUGGUUAGGCUCUCACAGAAUAUCUCCAUAUGUUGUAGAUGGAAAAAAUAGACCUAAGGAUUUUAUGAAGCAUCCGAGAAAUUCAGUAUUGAUUAUUAGCUAUGAAAUGUUUAUCAAAUGUCACACGGAAAUUAAUGAGAUUACCUUCGAUUUACUUGUGUGUGAUGAAGGCCACAGGCUGAAAAACAGUGCCAUAAAAGCGGCAACAUUGUUACGUGAGAUCGAUUGUAAACGACGGAUUAUAUUAACUGGUACUCCUAUACAGAACGAUUUGAAAGAAUUUUAUACACUGAUCGACUUUGUUAAUCCUGGCAUUCUUGGCUCUUCUCUCGAAUAUAAAAAUUAUUAUGAAAAUCCUAUUGUUGCAUCUCAAUGCCCUAAUGCUGAUGAAGAUGUCCUUAGUCUGGGAUCUGAAAGAGCCACUGAAUUACACGAGCGUACCAAAUCUUUCAUUUUGAGACGUACGCAAAAUACAAUAAACAAAUAUCUGCCACAUAAAUACGAAAUGGUUCUGUUUUGUUCUUUAACUAGUGAGCAAAAGGAUUUGUAUUCUCUUGUUACCGAUACUUGGUUCAACAAGAUUUGUUUACAGGAUAAAAGUCAUACACAUUUGUCUAUUAUUAUUGCUCUUAAAAAAAUUUGCAAUCAUCCGAACUUGUUCAUAAAUGACAAAGAGAACGCGCUACGAGAAACUUUGUCAAAAACAAUAUGUACGAUGCAAAUAAAACAGGACAAUAAUUUUACAAAAUAUUGCGGAAAGAUCACAGUUCUACAAGUAUUGAUGAGAAAUUUGAAAAAGACCGACGAAAAAUUAGUAUUAGUUUCUUACUAUACACAGACACUUGAUCUUUUUGAAAUUAUAUGUAAUGUAGAAGGAUUAAAAUUUUUAAGACUGGAUGGCACUAUUUCAAACUCUGCACGAUCAAAAGUAAUCGAACAAUUUAAUACGCGAUCCGAUAAUAGCAAAGUCCUCUUACUAAGUGCUAAGGCGGGUGGUGUUGGUUUGAAUUUACCUGGCGCAUCUAGACUUGUGUUAUUCGAUUCUGAUUGGAAUCCUGCAUCCGAUGUGCAAGCUAUGGCAAGGAUUUGGAGAGAUGGACAAAAGAAGAAUGUUUAUAUUUAUAGAUUACUCACAACAGGUACAAUAGAAGAAAAGAUAUACCAAAGGCAAAUUAGCAAAGCUAGUCUAAGUGAAUCUGUGGUGGAUUUGAAUCAUCUUGGGUCUCUAAAAUUAUCAACUGCAGAACUAAAGGAUCUAUUUACACUGGCAACUGAUACAGUUUCAUUAACACAUGAUUUAUUGAAUUGCUCUUGUUCUGGUCAAGACAAUGAACAUAUAUCUUUUGAAGAAUCAAAAACGAAUGAUUAUGAGACGGGAGAUUGUCAACUUAUACUGGAUGAUAAAUCACCUCAACAAAAUUUAACUAUAAAUCAUCUUCGAGAUUGGCAACAUUAUAAACAGCCAAUUCCAUUUGACAUUAUGCAGGAUAUUAUGUUAACAGAAGCAGGCGAUUAUGUAACCUUUAUAUUUAAAAAUUCUACAAUACAACGUACAUAAACUAAUUAAGGAUUUAAAAAAUUAUAUUUU